GCGCGUGCGAAUGUGUUUGCGCGGGCGUGGCGCGCUUUCCGCGGUGGCAGCUGGUCCCGCACACAGCGAGCCCUAGGUCAGGUGAAGGGAGGCAGCUGGUCGGGGAGUGGACGCGCGCGCGCGGCGCUCCUGAGGCGAACGAGAGGGAAAAGUAAAGCGGAGACUUUAGGCAAGAGAAGCAAGAAAACCGAACAAAAAAGUGAAGUAAGAGGAGUCCGGGCACACUUCAAACAGUUGUCCCACCUUCUGGUGGACCUCGCAAAGAUGGCACAGCUGACAGUCCACACCCUAGCCCACCAUCUAAAGCAGGAGCGACUUUAUGUGGCCUCGGAGAAGCAGCUCAUCCAGAGGCUCAACACAGAGGUGCUUAAAACUGCUGAGAAGUUGUACCAGGCAGCAUGGAUUGCCAGGCAGCAGAGGGUCAACCUUGACCAGCUGAACCUCACAAGCGCUGACAUGCCCCCUGCCGAGUGCUGCCACAGUGCUCAGCUCUUGGAGGACACUCAGUUCAUAGAUGCACACAGGGUGCUGGGCUUCCAGGAGGGGGCCUACGGCAAGCUGCUGCGCCGCUUACAAGAGGACCCCCGACUGCUGGCCUGCUGCUUGGCAGUAGGGCAGAAGCUGAGCCUGGAAUGUGUGCCAAUCUCCGUGCAGACGGUGUUCACCUCACUUUAUGGUGGCUGUGUCACACAGGAGGAUGAGGUCUACUUGCUACAGGUGCUUCGCUACCUGGUGGAGGUGGAGCUUCAGGAGAGCAGGGACGCAAUCCGGCUGCUGCAUCGUCGCUCCUGCGCCUUCAGCUUGGUCUUUCGCCUCUUUUCUGAGGGGCUGUACUCUGCCAGGUUGUUCCUAACAGCUGCCCUGCACGGACCUGUCAUGGAGUUGCUAGUGGACGAUGAGGACCACCUAGAAACGGACCCUGGAAAACUGCUGGAGCGCUUGGAGCCAGCGCAGCGGGAGCGCAGGGGUUGGGCCAAGGCAACUGCCGAGGGCAAUGCAGUCAAGUUGGCGGCCCUUGUGAGCCGCUUUGCCAACUCCUUGCGCAGCAGUGCCCGUUGCUUCCCUCCCGGGUUGCGCUGGGUGCUCGCGCAGGUGCACCAAAUGCUGCUGGCCCGGGUGGGAGUCCAGGGAACAGGGUCAGUAGGGGAGGAAGAAGCGCGUGCUGUAUGUUCCCGGCUCCUUUUCGCCAACUUUUUGUGCCUUGCCAUCAUGAACCCUGAGCAAUAUGGAGUCAUCUCUGAUGCACCUGUCAAUGAGGCCGCCCGCUUCAAUCUCAUGCAGGUGGCCCAGUUGCUACAGCAGCUAGCCAUGGCAAACCCCAGUGAUGGAGACCCUCAGCGGAAGUGUGUCCUGUCCAAGGUGGAUAAAAGCAAUGUGACGGCCUUCCUGGACAUUGUAAUUGGUGGAGGGGUUUCAGAGAGCCCACCAACAUCUUCCACAGACCUUCUUGAAGGACUGACGAGGACUGCCGUAUAUAUGACCCAGAGCCAGCUCUACGCGCUGGUGGACUUUGUGCGUGGGGUGGCAGCGGUAGGUAACCUAUGUGAGGAGGACCAGCUCACCCUGGAGAGCCUGCUGUCUGAAGUGCCCCAAUCCCCCAUUGGUAGCUGCGGGAGUCUGGAACGAACCCCACCCUCCCUGGUCUCUCCAAACAGGAAGAGUAAAGUGUCUCUAGCAACUCCCCUCAGCCGCAGUGCCCUGGCUCUGGAUGGCGAGCUGGACACCAACCUUCAGGAGGUCACGCAGGAAGGGAUGCCAGAAGAAGUGCUAGUUAUCUCGCUGGGAGUUACCUCACAAACCAUUCCUGGGAUGAUGUCUGAGACCGAGGUACUUGCCUUGCAGGUGGGAAAUGGCGCUGAGGAUGCUUCAGUUCUUGACAACUUGGAGCUCUGCAGCAAGGCAGAAAAGGAGCAACGAUUCUCACCGGAUGAUGCCCCAAGUGAGGGGAUGCGGAACCGCUCCAGCUCUGACUCCUCUCUGGACUUGGAGGUGGAGUCUGUGUCGGAGAGAGAGGAGCGCAUGCCUGAGAGCAGCGCAGGUGCCGAGGCAUUGCGGGUGCUCCAGUAUGAGCACGCUGCCACAGGGGCCAUCCUAGAAGACAGGUUGCACAAGUUUGUGCUGGCAGACAACAGGGACCCCAGCGAGACUGUGAGCGAGACCUGGAGCAUGGACCCGCUGGUCAGCAACUUUGAGUUCAGUGUAGACAAGGACCGGCUAGAGGAUGUUGCAGGAGCUAUGGCGGAGCCCCCCCGAGUGAGCUUCCUGCGCUAUUCAGAGUCCUCCUCAUCCCUCAUGGACCCCUUCACCGGCACUAUUUUCUCUGAGACCGCCAGCGAUGCCUGGAGCGUGGAGGUCCUGGCCAGCGAUUCUGACACUGCUGACCUCAAACAGGAUGAGCGGCUGCAGGAGGUGGAGAGCUGCUCCGGUGUCGGCAGCGUGUCAGAUGAUGCAGAGGUCAGGGAGGUCAACAGCCGGUCCAGCACUCCGGAGCUCAGUGUCGUUUCAGGUAAUAGCGCAACAUCAGAGGACACGUCAAAAAAGGCUGAGCAUCUGCGAGUGGAGUGCAGCUCAGAGUGUGGCAGCAAAACUCUGAUGGCAGAACCCCUUCCAGAGGAACUAGACCAGAGUGAACCCACUACCACCUGUCCUCCUUCCCAGACUGACUCCCUGCUUGAGUUUAACCCCCCAUCAUCAGUGGAAGGUGUCCCAAGUGCAGUGGUUAGAGCAAAGGGAGUUGAAGGGGACCAGGCCAAGCAGCGACACUCCUUGCCAGACCGGUUCAGUCAGAUACGUGAUGCUGACAGUGAUGCCCUGGGUGCCUCCCGCCGGCCAUUCAGUGACCCUGGGCUCUGCCGGCAGGUGGCACUGCAGGGUCAUGACCUGUCUGGCAGACUCCCCACAGGGCCCUUAUCCUCUGCCACUGGGGAUUCCCUAAAGGGAGUGCUGGGGGAAAAGAAAGAGAACGAUGAAGAGAAGCUGGACCGGAGCCGGCCCUGGUGGAAGAAGCGUCUUGCAUCAGCCAUUCCAAAAGCCCACAUGGCACCAUUCCGGAAAAAGGACAAGCAGGAGAAAGAGAGUGCAGGGCAGGCCCAAGUCCAGCCAGAUGACCCCCCACCCACCCUGGCUGAAGACAUCCUGGACAAGUACAGGAACAUCAAGCGAACAAGCUGUGACGCCCCUGCGCUGGCAUACAGCAGUCCCGAGGUGCCCCAAAGGGGAGACUGUGUGGCCAAGUCAUCCAGUGGGGAGAUGUCACAGAAGAUUGCCGUAGAUGACGCACCUCAGUCUGUCCCUGAAACGCCCCGGCCUCAGCCCAUCAGGUUUCCUUUCAGCGAUGCCAAGAAAAAGCUCAGGCUGGCCCUGUCCUUGGCCGACUUUGUCAUCGUUCCCAUUAUGCCCUCUGACUCCACCUGCAAUGGUCUGUUUGACCCCACCGAACCUGAAGAUAGCGAGCUGGUCUGCUUUCUGAAGGUGCAACUGGCAGAAGCCAUCAACUUGCAGAACAAGAACCUGAUGGCCCAAAUCCAGGAGACACUGCGCUGUGUGAACCGCUUCGAUGAGGAUACCUGCAGGAAGCUGCUGGCAGAACUGGCGCAGGACUACAGGAAACGGGCACCCUACGUCGCCUACCUGACACGCUGCCGGCAGGGUUUGCAGACCUCGCAGGCGUACUUGGAGCGUCUGCUCCAGCGCGUGCUACGGGACAAGGAGGUGGUGAACCGCUGCUUCACUGGUGUCUGUGUGCGACUGCUGCUCCGGCGCAUGGAAGUCAAGAUGCUCGAGUUCACCAGAGCGUUCCAGGCCUUCACGGCAGCUGAUGAAAAGACUGCGGCCAUGGAGGAGUUCCUGCGCCAGCUGUACGGGGCAAUGGCCCAUGAUCCCAUCUGGCAGUUUGCCAGCGAGGAGCAGCUGCAGGACGCGCAGAUGGCCAUCGAGCGCACAGUCAUGAACCGCAUCUUCAAGCUGGCUUUCUAUCCCAAUCAGGAUGGCGACAUCCUGAGGGACCAGCUGCUGCAGGAACACAUAGAGCGGCUCAGCAGAGUGGUGACAGCCAACCAUCGCUCUCUCCAGAUCCCAGAGGUGUAUCUGAAGGAGGCGCCAUGGCCUUCAGCACAGGCAGAGAUCCGCACCAUGAGUAUGUACAAGACUCCGCGGGGCAAAGUGCAGUGUGUGCUGCGCAUGUGUUCCUGCAUCAUGAACCUUCUGAGCCUGGCGAACGAGGCCUCGGUGCCGGGUGCCGACGACUUUCUGCCCGUGCUAGUCUUUGUCCUCAUAAAGGCCAACCCACCCUGCCUCUUGUCCACCAUCCAGUACAUUAACAACUUCUAUGGCAGCCGACUCAGUGGGGAGGAGAGCUACUGGUGGAUGCAGUUCACAGCUGCCGUGGAGUUCAUCAAGACCAUCGAUGACCGCGAGUGAAGGAGGCGGAGCAACCAUUCGCACUGGGCACUGCAAUUCCUCCCAUGUUCGACUUACUUGUUCAGCUGUGUCCUCAGCUCUCCUCUGGUGGCAUUUAUUUAGUGUGUGAGUUGAGCGCAGCAGUAGUUUCCAGGUUCGUUCUUUGAGUCCUUUGGACAGUGCUGGGUCUCGCAAUGAACAGUCCACUUGUGUGCCACAUAUUUUACGUCAUUUAACGCUGUGUUACGGCCAAAUUUAAGAUAGAACGGUUCAGAUUAUUCAAAUGUAGCUAAUUGAGCUGAAGCCAUUAAAGUUGACUAUUGUGGUUACAUCUAUACUGCUGAUAGCUUGUCAAGGUGUUUAAAGAAGUGUGUGUCAAGCUGCCUGGGUCAUUAAUACAUAUUCUUCAUCUAAACCGGAACCCAUGUGGUGCAGCUCUAGUCUCUAAUAAUCAUCUACAUGCCUCUAAUGACUGUGAUAAAUCUCCUUGAGCCUUACCUAAGGCGCUUUUUACGGAACUGUCACACUGAGGAUACCUCACAUUAGCGGUCUGAGGAGUGGCUCAGUCUGCUUCUGGGACAUAGCUACCUGUCUCAUCUCUCUCCUGCUCGCCUUCGAGGUGUUCAGAUGCAGCCACCGUCUGCAUGAUGCCAUAAAAUAUGGGAUACGAGCGAACAAAAUAUGGCUGUACGUCAUUAGGGGCGAGUGCUUGAUGAGCAGAGGCAUUUCUAUGAGGGAUGGCGCUGAUCCACAAACUUUAUUGCUCCAGGGGUGUCUGAGGUCAGAAGCUGGCAAGCGUUUUAUCAGCAGAAGUCAGUUUCCACAUUGUUGUUGUUAAUGAGGAUCAGGAAUGUCCCACAGUUCCUAGCUACAUACACACCACAGUCAGUAUGUCCUAAGACUGCCUGCUGUGAGGAGCUGCUGUUGCAUGCCUUCUGCAGAAAUGGUACAACAGCGCCACACAGCAGGCAGUCUUAGGACUUGACUGUGCUGUUAGCUGCCAAGAAAUCACAAAAUAACAGGGUACAGACUUGAAUUUCCCAAAAGUGCCAAAAAAUGUCACUGUUCCUGUACCUGAGUUGUUGUUGUUGUUGUUGUUGUUGUUGUUGUUGUUUUGGUUUACAUUUGAACGGUUUGAAAAUUAUGGCCAGAAUGACAUACGAUGAAGUGUAGUCCUCAUGACAAAAUAUGUUCAUUACUUCACCACGAGUGCAGUCAUGUUGCUGUAGGAAUGUGUCAACUUUUACAAGGCUUAAGUGGGCUGGUCGACUGCCGGGAGUGUGUUACGAAGUGCUGUGUUUCGUGUGUGAGAAAACGGACGUGAGCAGUAAUGGUUGCGUGGCUCAAUGGAACAAUAGAUCACUUUGACCCAACAACGCAAGCGUAAAUAUAUUUACAUUUGUUUAGUGUGUGUGUUUUUUUUAUAUGUGCUGUUGCAUCCUGUUGGUGUAGUUUGAGUUGUGGACAGAAGUGAGCUGCGAGCCCAUGGAAAUAAAAGAAAAUCUUUGGUUUCACUUUGUAUAAAAUGGAGUUUGUGGAACAAGCUGGUCUUAAAAACAAACACGAACAUGUUCCAAAAUGUGCCAAAAGUUGUUUGUUUCUGGAUUUGAACGUGAAUUAUUUUUGACAUUCCAGUUUUUGUGUGGGAAAGCUAACUGGAAGAAGAGCCUUUUAUAAGCUUGAACAAUCAGGGAAAUGUGGAGGAAAUAAGUUGACUUAAAUGUGAUUUGAUUGUACAUCAUUGUAGAAAGUUAUUAAAAUGUGUUUGA